AUGGACGAAUGCGCUCUGUGUUCGGCGCUCCUCUCCCGGUCCACUAAGAGCUACACCUCACGAGUUCUCAUCGAUCGCUACAGCCUCUUUGUCAACGAUUACAUAGACUCGAAGCAGCUGCACUACUUGCUAGCUGAGAACCAAGCGGAGCUAGAGAACAUGGCUGGUUCCAGAGGCAGCUCGAACAACUUCAUGGCUCGUAUAGUUCCAGUCUACGUCUUUGAUCUCAAGAGCGACAGGAUCGUCAUGCUGGACCGCGACCAUCAGUCGAUGGCUUUCAGGGACAUGAUAAUCGCGAUCCGGAGCAAAGGAUACCAGACAGUGUCCGAGUUCAAUUGCAACCAUCGUCCCAUGAUGGUGGAGACGAGAAGGCUCGAGCGUCCACUGGUCGCGUCGCUGCUUCAAACUCUGUGGGGCGUGACACCAACGUACCUCACCUGGAGCAGCGAGCACAACUCGACGUUUCUAGACUACACUUGGAGCCUGGGGAACACGCCGUUCGGUCCGUUUUCGAAGCUCUCGUCGCUGUCAUUCGCGCAGAGAGACGCUGCUCCUCGCAACGUCCUGCACACGAUGCUCAACACGACGGUGUGGGGAGCCAUUGAGAUGCUGGAAACGUUGAAGGGACUGGGAGGCGAGAAGGCUGUGCUCAAGAGCAGGCAGGGGACGGAGAUGAACCAGAGAUGGAACUUACUACUCUACAAGCUCAACAAGGCAACAUCGGCCAUGUCUCACUUCGAUUUCAACUUGGCUCUCUGAUGCCUGUGUGGUAGGUCUUUUUCUUCUUCUCAUGCAAAGCUCAUUCGUGAAAGAAAGACAAAAGGCAUCAUACUAUUAAAAUAAAUUGAAUUUACAUGUUUACAUUUGUA